AUAUAUCAAAAACAUGGCAUUCUCUAAGCAGCAAGAUACGUCUGGGCAACUGGUCCAGCUUUCAAGUGCGAACAUCGGAUUCGCCCUGGAUCUCUAUCAAACUCUUCAAGAUGAACGGAGAGGUAAAAAUAUGUUCUUCUCCCCUCUCAGCAUAUCAACCGCUCUGGCUAUGACACAGCUAGGAGCCCGAGGUGAUACAGCAACUCAAAUCGCUGAUGUCUUCCGUUUCAAUCAGAUAGACCCAGAUCAACUUCAUGGAACAUUCAAAGAGCUAAAAAACUUGCUUUACCAAACAAAUUACGAUUCUCAAAUUCAUUCCAUAGAGGCGGUAAAUAACUUUGCAUCUCCAAUUGCCACUCAAUCAAUCAAUGAUUGGGUUUCAAAGCAGACCGAGGGUAAAAUCAAAAACCUGAUUGCUCCUGGAAUCCUAAAUGAUCUCACAAGCCUUGUCCUGGUGAAUGCCAUUUAUUUCAAGGCGAACUGGAAAUCGACAUUUCGUGCCUACAAUACUACACAGGAUACAUUCAAGGUUUUCGAUGAGAGAAAGAACGUUCCGGCGAGUCUUAUGAGUCAAGAGGAAAGAUUUUAUUUGGCUGUUGACAAAACCAAUGACUGUCUUGUGCUAGAGAUGCCUUAUCAAGGCAACAAUCUGAGUCUAUUGAUUGCUCUUCCCACCAAAGAUGAUGGCCUUGGUCAACUUGAGACGAAGCUCUCAGUGGACGUCCUGCAAUCCUGGGACGCAGGGCUCGAAUGGAGAGAAGUGGACGUACUAUUACCAAAGUUCAAAGUAGAAGCAACAUUCCAACUGAAGGAGGUUUUGCAACGAAUGGGAAUGCCCGACGCUUUUGAUGAGGAUAGGGCUAACUUCAAAGGCAUCUCAAGUGAAGAAAAAGAGUUUUACAUCUCUGCCGUCAUCCACAAGGCCUUUGUUGAUAUCAAUGAGGAAGGGAGUGAGGCAGCUGCUGCAACGGCUGUUGAUUGGGGAAGGGGAUGCGCUCGACCAAGCGAACGUGAGAAGCCGAUCCUGUUUCGAGCAGACCAUACAUUUCUCUUCAUGAUUCGUCACCGGUCGACAAAAUCGGUCCUGUUCAUGGGACGAAUGAUGGAUCCCUCCUAUCGCCAGUCGGGUCACGGCGCCUGGAAUCGGGAAACACAUCCCAUGAGGACCACAGUUGCCCCUGAUUCAACAUACUUGAAGACACCGUACAAAAGAUUGUGGCAUUUUUCAGCCAGCACGCCGCCCCGCGAUCCUGCUGUUUAG